CAUUUCCCCAACUGACACUUUGCCAGCAGGUCACUUUUCCCUUGGCAAAUGUAAACAUUCGCGAGCAGUCCGUAUUAUUUAGCCUAAUUUCGGUUAGUUCCCUAGCGUAAAAAAUGUUAAAAUUAAACGCAUUCAUCGAGGAUAGUGAUAUUAGCACCACGGAAGGCAUAGAAGAAGUAUGCCAACGGAUAACAUCGAAAGAGCAACAAAUCGAUUCCCGGCUGGAGGAGAUUCUGUCGCAACAGUGCCAGCUCGAGGCGAAGAUGCGCAGCAUAGGGGUGGCCCUGAGCGGGCUGAGCGUGGUGUCGGACAAAAGCCGCCAGCUCUCGGACAUGAUCAAUCACACGGCAACACUGGCGGAGAGUGUAAGCGCCAAAGUGCGAAGGCUGGAUGAGGCGCGGAGCCGUGUGUCGGAGUGUCAGCAGCGGGUUCACGAUCUGAUCGAUCUGCAGCUCUGCAGCCAGGGCGUGAUGAGUGCGAUCCGGGAGGAAGACUUUGAGCAGGGCGCCGGGCACGUGAAUCGCUUCCUUUCGAUGGACAAAACGCUGCUCCAGAAGACGGCCGAUGAUGUGAGCGGAUCGAUAACGUCCGUCAGCCAGGCGGUUUCGACGCUCGAGCAGGCGACGGUCCAGAUGCAGCAGAUGGUAAACCAAAAGUUCGACGAAGCGGUCAAGCGCGACGAUCUCGCGUCGGUGGAACGGUUCUUCAAGAUAUUCCCGCUGCUCGGCAUGCACGACGAGGGGCUGGAAAAGUUCAUGACCUACAUCUGCGGCAAGCUGCAGGUGAAGGCGGCCAAGGAGCUGCGCUCCUCGAUGGACAUUGCGAAGGCGGAAAAGCGGGCGGCGGUUGCGUACGCCGACACGCUGACGAUACUGUUGGAGAAUAUUGCGCGCGUGAUCGAGGUCAAUCAGGCGAUUAUAGAGAAUUGCUACGGACCGGGCCGCCUGGUGCAGAUUUGUCGCAUACUGCAGCGGGAGUGCGACGACGAGGUGACCAAGUGUGUGCAGGAGUUUUGCCGCAACCGACAGACGGGCAGAAGGAUUGCACAGAUUAAUGAUUACAUCAAGAAUGCGGGCGGCGGAUCGACGAUGGGACAUUAUCGCAAACCGUCCGGUGGUGGUGGCGGAUCGAUCGAUAAGCUAAAUGCGAAAGAUAUCGAUAGUUUGAUCGGGGAGAUCACGAUCAUGCACUCGAGGGCGGAACUGUACGUGAAGUUUAUCAAGCGAAGAUGUGCUAACGAUUUAGAGAAAAGUUCCCUCCCGGCGGAGGUCAAACAAGAGCGGCUGGCCGAACUGCAAACCCUUCUGCAAAAGUCACGCCUCAACACGCAAAUGCAGGAGCUGCUCAGCACCUACCUUCUGUUCGAGCGCUACUUCAUGGAGGAAAGCGUGCUGAAAGCGAUCGGGCUGGACAAGCUCGAGGAGGGCCAGCAGUGCUCCAGCAUGCUGGACGACGUGUUCUUUAUCGUGCGCAAGUGCAUCCGCCGCUCGAACGGUACGCAGUCGCUCGAUGGCGUCUGUGCGGUGAUUAACAACGCUGCCAGCUGCCUGGAGGAAGACUACAUGAAAGCGCUCAAAGCGCCACUGAAAGCCGGCUACCCGACCGGGUACAUCGAUCUCGCCCAGGCGUACAAUGCAUUCCAAAGUUCGAUCCAGCAGGGCCGGCUGCAGACGAGCGAUUCGGACCAGGCGCGGGGCCGGUUCAUCGCUGCGCUGAACAAUGCCGACAUGUCGACCGAGUUUAUCGAAACGCUCUGGAAGAUGAUGACCGAGGAGACGGAAAUCACGUUCCCGGGCAUGAGCGCACGGGAGAAGGAAAAGCUGGACAGCUGUCUGGGCGGGUUGAAGUCGGUGGGCGAUUCGCUGAAGGCGCUGGUCGAUUUUGGCUUCCAGCAGCUUCGCUCGUCCGCCAUCAAACCGAGGUUACACCCGUGGGUGGAUCAGUUUCUGACGCACAACCACAACCUAACGGAGGAGGAGCUGGCCACCUACGAGGCAAGCGAAACGUUUGUGCAGUUUUUGAUCGUGCAGAUCGAUGGGCUGCUCAACUCGUUCAAGGUGGCUCUGACGCCGCGCAACUAUGACGCGCUGGUCAGUAUUGUAACGACGGAAAUAACGGCGCGAAUGGAGCGGGCGGUAAAGAAAACGACAUUUAAUCGGUUGGGAGGAUUGGUACUGGAUCAGGAAAUUCGUGCCCUUUCCUCGUUUCUGACGGGCGCAACAUCGUGGUCGGUAAGGGACAAGCUGGCAAAGUUGCUGCAGAUGGGGACGAUACUGAACCUGGAGAGUGUUUCCGAGCUGCCGGAGUAUUGGGAAUCGUCGUCGGCCAGCUGGCGGUUAACCGCCAACGAAGCACGCUCCAUUUUGGCACUUAGGAUCGACUUUAAAAUGGAGGAUAUCAAGAAGAUAAAAUUGUAACCGUUAAUAAAAUGCUAGCAAAGCAAUUGUUUUACCACUACAA